ACUUCUACUUUCCAGUCUCCUGCGAUCGAUUCGUAGUGCCUGUGUGGCGCGCGCGGUGCUUGACUGGCACGGCCUAGGGGGCGGAGCGCUUAUCCCUGCCGCCGCGGGCCGGGUCUGUGAGGAAGGCCUAGGCCAGCGGCUUCGCGGCUUGUCCAACGUCCGCGCAGCUUCUCUCGCUUCCCGUCCGCUGUGGCCGGGCGAGGGGAGGCCUUCCGGAGCCAUGGAGGACGAGGUGGUUCGCAUUGCCAAGAAGAUGGACAAAAUGGUGCAGAAAAAGAAUGCGGCUGGCGCAUUGGAUUUGCUGAAAGAGCUUAAGAAUAUUCCCAUGACCCUAGAAUUGCUACAGUCCACAAGAAUUGGAAUGUCUGUCAAUGCCCUUCGCAAGCAGAGCACAGAUGAAGAAGUCACCUCUCUAGCCAAGUCUCUCAUCAAAUCCUGGAAAAAAUUAUUAGAUGGACCAUCAACUGAUAAAGACCCUGAAGAAAAGAAAAAAGAGCCUGCAAUUUCAUCACAGAAUAGCCCUGAAGCAAGAGAAGAAAGUAGUUCCAGCAGCAAUGUAAGCAGCAGAAAGGAUGAGACAAAUGCUCGAGAUACAUAUGUUUCAUCUUUUCCUCGGGCACCAAGCACUUCUGAUUCUGUGCGAUUAAAAUGUAGGGAGAUGCUUGCUGCAGCUCUUCGGACAGGAGAUGAUUAUGUUGCAAUUGGAGCUGAUGAAGAAGAACUGGGAUCUCAGAUUGAGGAAGCUAUAUAUCAAGAAAUAAGGAAUACAGACAUGAAAUACAAAAACAGAGUACGAAGUAGGAUAUCAAAUCUUAAAGAUGCAAAGAAUCCAAAUUUAAGGAAAAAUGUGCUGUGUGGGAAUAUUCCUCCUGAUCUAUUUGCUAGAAUGACAGCAGAGGAAAUGGCUAGUGAUGAGCUCAAAGAGAUGAGGAAAAACCUGACCAAAGAAGCCAUCAGGGAGCAUCAGAUGGCCAAGACUGGUGGGACCCAGACUGACUUGUUCACUUGUGGCAAAUGUAAAAAGAAGAACUGCACUUAUACACAGGUGCAAACUCGUAGUGCUGAUGAACCAAUGACAACAUUUGUUGUAUGUAAUGAAUGUGGAAAUCGGUGGAAGUUCUGUUGAGUUUGGAAGAAUUGGCAAAGUAUCUGGACCAUUAAGAAAAACUAAUUUUGUAAUUAGCUUUAAAAUUAAGCCAGGCAACUCGUUUCCUUGCAAGUGAAAUUUGUAAACAACAUACAUCUCAUGGGUUGGUCUUUGUUGUUCACCUGACAGUCUGUCUUAAAUGCCUUCUGUGGUCUCAGAUCAGCUGGGAGACCAUAAAAUAAUGAUAUAAUGUGUUGCUUUGUUUUUCUCUUUCAUAAGUUGAUGUUGCAUUUUAUUAAAUAUUAACUUUUUAUAGCCUAGAACACAAAAAUUUUGUUGAUCUGUUAAUGCAUAAAGAUAAAUUGCUUUUCUCAUUGGUAUGUACCUAAACAUGUUAAAAGGAAAAGGCAUAAUAUAAAUUUUUAGAGUUACCAAAUGUAGUGUGUAUUCCAAUAGUAUGUGGCCAGCUUAUCAAAGUUGUGCACACAAUUUGAACUAGCAUAUUACUUUACUCUUAAUUACUGUGCUCACAAAGCCUCGGAUCCUUGGAUCUCUUGCAUCUGUGACUAACCACAGUGAUCAUUUCUUUUAUUUCUCAUACAUAUAUAAUACCAUUUUUUAAUAGAUUUUACUCUGAAAACGGACUUGGUUUAUUUUAUUUGACUUUGUGCUAUAUUUUAGUUUUAUAGAACUCUGUUAUAAUUUCCUAAGCUUUUCAUAAAGCCCACCACAGGUAUACUUCUGAUGAAUUGUCCCCAAUAGGAAGACAUGCUAUGAAGAAAAUGUUAGUAUCUUAGUAGAGUUCCUGGAGGCAGCAUGACUGUACUUGCACUUGGAAACCUACUGACCAAGGAUUAAGCCUGAGAACUGUGUAAAUCAUUAAGCUAUGCUCUUUGUGUAUGGAGGUUGCAAAAAAAGGCACCUCCUUUAGACUGAAUCUUUUGUGCUGAAAUUUUUCUUACAUGAUGAUGUCAAGCCAGCUGAAAUGUAGGCUGUAGCAAAUAGUUUUACAAAACAUAUUUCACAAUUAAGUUUUACUUUUUAAAUGUGUCCCACUUGUUUUGCUAGUAAUAAGCAGUGGUUUUCACAUCGUCUUCCUGACACAGAUGUUGUAAUGCAUAUAGUAAAGGCCACUUUUAUAAAUUAAGUGCUUCUGCCUGUGUUCAGACUCCUGUGUAAAAACCGUUGCACAAGCUUUGCACUCUUCUAUGCUCUGCUUUGUAGACCGUUUGUCAUAACAUGGAAAACAAUAUGUCCAUGUUAAAAGGAUUGGUCUGCCGGGCGUGGUGGCCCACACCUUUAAUCCCAGAACUCGGGAGGCAGAGGCAGGCGGAUUUCUGAGUUUGAGGCCAGCCUGGUCUACAGAGUGAGUUCCAGGACAGCCAGGGCUAUACAGAGAAACCCUGUCUCAACCCCCCUCCCCCCCCCAAAAAAAAGAUUGGUCCAUGGAUAAUUUCUGUCACUUUAAAAAUAAAGUACAGUUUGAAAGAAUUAGUUUAAAAGUAAUAAGGUUAAAAUAGUCCCACUUUUAAGUGAUCCAUUUUAAAAUUUGUAAAUCAAUAAAGUUUUUUGUUGUUAAACAUA